UGGGAGCUUGUAGAAGAACAAAAGUUAGUUUUAGAACUCAGUACUAAUCUAAUCCCACUUAUUAUUAGCCUUACAAACUUAAAAGUAUUUUCAAUUUUGGUACAAAUUCCUAAAGCAGGUUGAGUUGCACAGUUUAACCAACUACCCACUCUAUUACUCUAACACACCCACUCCAUUAUCAUUUAUAUAUACUCUAUACAUCUUUUUCCCUCGUACCAAACUUGGAUUCAAAAUAAUUUCUUUCCCCACGUAAAUCAUUCUUUCUUGCUCAUAAAGACAAACAGCAACCUAAAUAUAACCACAUUCUAGCCACCCUGUUCAUAGAUAGCUAUCUAGGCCAAGCUUUGCAGCAUAAGAAGUUGGUACACAAACAUAAAAGUUUAGGUUUUUGGAGAGAUGAGAAAACGUAUGGAAAGAAUAGUUGUUCCUUGCUCUUUCAGCUGUGCUUCCCAUUCAAGUGUGGAGUUGGGUGUACCCAAAGGAUCAAAAGAAGAUUCAAAAGCCACUAUUGUUUCAAAAGGACAUGAUAGAUCGAUAGUCAUAGCCAAUAUCAAGAGAGGCAAGCCUUCUGGAUUUCUGUCUCUACCAAAGCCUAAUGUAGCUGCUGGCAUAUACAGAAUAAUCAAGACCAUCAAGAAUUUUCCUCAAUUAUUUUUUUACAGAGAGAAGGAGGAGGAAAUGGAAGCUGAGAUGGAAAUUGGGUUUCCAACAGAUGUGAAGCAUGUGACACAUAUUGGAAUUGAUGGGUCAAGCAUUACAAAUAAUGUAAGGGGUUGGGACAAUCUGAAGGCACCUGAAUUGUUGUCUCUGUCUCCAAUUUCAUUCAAGCAAUUUGAAUUGGCCAUGGCUACCCAAGCUCAAUGUUCUCUCAUUGAUGAUGCUAAUUCCUCAAAAAAAUGCUGUUAAAACAGUUCUGGGAACCCUUUCUAAUUGUAGAUUAAUGGUGAUGAUUGAUGACUAUGUACCUAGGAGUUUAUACACAACUGCACAGAUUGAAAAUUCAUGAAUGCUGGUUUGUUUUGUUCUGUUCUUGAGAUUGCCCAAGCUUCAUUACAUUCUUUUCUUCAAUAUUGAAGUCUUUCCAUUUU